AUGUUGCUCCUACUUGCAGGUGUCGCCCGAGCGGCUAUCCCUAAUGCAAUGCUCCGUGGCAGGCCUUCUCUUCCAAAAUUCUCAGCGCCAGAACGUCUCGUCACUUCGCCGAAUGGCACAGCACUCCCAGACAUUAAGACCAUCUAUUAUUUCGACCAGCUCAUCGACCACAAUGAUCCAGGCCUCGGAACCUUCCAGCAGCGAUACUGGAUGAACUGGGAGUUUUAUGAGCCUGGUGGUCCCAUUAUCUUGAUGACGCCUGGAGAAGAUGAUGCAUCGUCUGGUUACCAAAGCUUUGUCACCAAUUACACCAUCAAUGGCCUCAUUGCUCAACAACAAAAAGGUGCAGUCGUUAUCAUCGAACAUCGUUUCUUUGGCGAGUCCAAUCCAUACGACAACCUCACGUCGCAAUCUCUCGCUCUCCUCACCAUCCAGCAGGCCAUUGAUGAUCUCGUGUAUUUCGCCACCACGGCCGACCUUCCGAUGCCUGGGGGUGAUGCUGUGAAGCCAGGUCAGGCUCCAUGGGUACUGGUGGGAGGAAGCUACUCAGGAGCCCUCACCAGUUGGACGAUGGUCAACAAACCGGGAAUUUUCUGGGCUGGAUAUGCAUCUUCUGCCGUCGUGGAGACAAUCACUGACUAUUAUGCCUAUUUUACCCCGAUUCGCGAUUAUAUGCCACGAAAUUGUUCUUCCGAUGUAGAGGCAGUGAUUGCACACCUGGAUCGGAUGUACGUGGUGAAUGACACCGCUGGAAUACAGACGCUCAAAGAAGCAUUUGGUCUUGGCGGUCUUGUACACGUAGACGAUUUCGCCUAUGCACUUCAAUACAACCUGUUUGAAUGGCAAGCUCUACAGCCUCAUGCCGACCCAGGAACACUGUUCUUCGAUUUCUGUGAUGCACUCGAGGUCAAGGAUGGUGUCAAUGCCGGACCUGAAGGAUGGGGACUUGAAAACGCCAUCUAUUCUUGGGGUAAAUUUUGGAAUACCACAUACUACAACCAUGUCUGUAACGACCGGGAUGCCGAGACCUGUAUUGGGACGUAUAACACGAGCCAGUCCUACUGGACUAAUGUUACCGUGGAUAACGCCGACAGGUCGUGGACCUGGAUGGUGUGCAACCAAAUCGGAUUCUACCAAGUUGGCCCUCCUGAAGGCCAGCCUGCGAUCGUGAGCCACAUCCUCCAACCCAUUUACGACGAGCGCCAAUGCGUCAAUAUGUUCCCUCAAGCCUUCGCCUCUCCACCUGAGCCUACCAUAGCAAAGACCAACAGAAUGUACGAUGGUUGGGACGUGGAUAUUCCACGUCUCUUCUUUGCCAACGGCCUACGUGACCCUUGGCGCGAGGCAACUGUGUCUGCUGAUGGGCUGAACAAGGCUAACACUACCAGCAUGCCGAUCUAUGAGGGCGAUGGAUUCCACGCGUCAGACAUGUUCACGCUAAUUGGCUUUGAUGACCCGUCAAUCGCCGCCGUGCAGGACGCAGCAUUAAUGUACAUGAAGGAGUGGCUUGCGGAGUGGAAGCCCUCCGCCUAG